AUGGCGCGGCCGGCCGUGUGUUCUCUCACCCUUCUGUUCGCGGCAUCGUCCGCGGCGAUCUCAGUGUCGCCCUCGCGUGCGAUCGCAGUGUCGGGCGCGGCCCGGUGCUCGGCGGUCGCGGCACUGGGAUGGCAGGAGGCGGCGCUGCGCUUGCGGAAGGCGGCCACGCCGGCGGAGGCUGAGGCGGAGGCCAUCCGCCUGGGCCGGGAGCUCACGAGGUGGGAGAGGGCGCAGGCGGCGGUGUCGGGGGCUGAGAAGGCCAAGCUCGUGCCAGGAGGGGUGGACGUCUCGCACGCGGCCGCGGCAGUGUCGGAGGCCGCCGCCAGAGCGAGGUGGUUGGCAAGCGUCGACUCCGCGCCGACGGUCAGGGCGUCCGCGCCGCCAGCAGCAGCCCUCCCGUCCCCAGCAGCAGCCUCCCCGGCGCCCGCAGCAGCCGUCGCAGCAGCACCUCCCCCAGCAGUCACAGCAACACCAUCGCCGGUCGCCGCAACAGCAGAGGCUCCAGCGGCGGCGGCCAAGGCGGCCUGGCUCGCAAAGCUCGAUGCCCCGGCUUGGGGCGCAAAGGCCGAGGCAGCGCCGGCCGCCGCGGAACCGGCGGCAGAGGCGGCGUCGGAAGCGGCGGCCAAGGCGGCGUGGCUCGCAAAGCUCGACGCCCCGAUUUGUGGCGCAAAGGCCGAGGCAGCGCCGGCCGCCGCGGAACCGGCGGCAGAGGCGGCGUCGGAAGCGGCGGCCAAGGCGGCGUGGCUCGCAAAGCUCGACGUUCCCGACUGGGGCGCGAGGGCGGCGGUCGCGUCGGCGGCCGCGGCUGCAGCGGUGACGCGGGCGGCGGGGGCGGCGCCGGCGGCGGUGACGGAGGCUGUGGCCAAGGCCAAGUGGCUGGCCAGCCUCGACCCCCCUCCUUGGGGCGCUCCGUCUUCGCCGCCGCUUGCGCCUCCUCCCCCGCCGCCUUCGCCGCCUUCGCCGCCUGCAGCGGCGGCACCGACAGAGACGGCGGCGGCGGUACCGCGCGCAGCGGCGGCCGAGCCUGACGCGCCCGUCCAGGGCGCAGAGAAUGGCGCGGCGGCCUGGGCGGCUCCGGCGGCUCGGGCGGCCGCGCCCGGCGUGCUGCCGGCACCCAUGCCGCUCCAGGCGGCUCGGGUGGCCGCGCCAGGAGUGGUUCCGGCCCAGGCGGCUUCGGUCGCUUCGGAGGCGCAGUUGCCGCCGCCCGUGGUACUGGCAGCGCCACCGCCUCCGUCUGCCAUCUCGGAGGUGGCAUCUUCGGAGGCGGCGGCCAAGGCGGCCUGGCUCGAAAAGCUCGACGCCGCCGCGGAGCCGGCGGCCAAGGCGGCGUCGGAAGCGGCGGCAGAGGCGGCGUCGGAAGCGGCGGCCAAGGCGGCGUCGGAAGCGGCGGCAGAGGCGGCGUCGGAAGCGGCGGCCAAGGCGGCGUCGGAAGCGGCGGCAGAGGCGGCGUCGGAAGCGGCGGCCAAGGCGGCGUCGGAAGCGGCGGCCAAGGCGUCGUCGGAAGCGGCGGCCAAGGCGGCGUGGCUCGCAAAGCUGGCCCCUGCGGGGGGCGCGAGGGCGGCGCAAGGGGCGGCGCAAGGGGCGGCGCAAGAAGUGGCGCAAGGAGCGGCGCCGGCGGAGGCAGCGGCCGAGGUGUUGGCCGAUCCGGCGGCGGUGCUUCCGACAGCAGUGCCCCCGACCGCGGUGCUCCCGGCCGCGCUGCCGCUCCCGGCGCCGGCGCCGCCGCCGGCAGCGCAGGCCGCCAAGGCCUACCGGCCACCCCUCUCCGUGCUCGCUACGCCCUCCUGCCUGAGGACCGCUGCCGCGGCUCCGGCCGCACCGGCGACAUCGACAGCGGCGGCGACUUCGAAGCCGCAGGCGCCGGCGUCGGCUGCAGAGGCGCCGCCGGCGCCGCCCGUCAGUGCGCGGACGGCCUCGGUCGCAGAGGCGGCGAGCACGCUGUACAAGGAGGCGCUCGACCGCUCCGAGGCGGAGGCGCGGCGUGCAAAGUACUUCAAGUACUCGCCCUCUUGGGGAGGAGGAGUAGGCGGCGGUGAAGGGGGGGGUGGCGGGUCGUCCGCGGCGCCGCCGGUGCGGACGGCGCGGACGGCGCAGGCGCCGGCGACGUCGGGGCCGACGACCGUUCCCGAGGUGCCGGAGGCCCCAGCUCCGGUCGCGCCGGCGGCCGAGGCGGCCGAGGCGGCGGCAGCGGGGGCGGCGGCGGCGGCCGCCGCUUCCCACAAGGACGUGCCGCCACUCGAUGCGAGGGCGGGGCGGCGGCCGGACGGCUUGGGCGGGCUUGCGGGGCGGGUGCAGCCGGGUCGCAGCGGGAUGCGGCAGCCGCCGAUGCGGCAGCCGCCGAUGCCACGCGCCAGUUGGAGCGACGGGACGGCGUGGUCCGCGGACGGGCCGAGGGCGGAGGCUCGCGCCGGCGGCGGCCGCUACGGCGCUGCCCGCGUCGGCAGCCGUGGCGGCGGCGGCGGCGGCGUCGCGCCCACGCCGUCGGCGGCGACGGAGGAGGCCAAGGCGGCGUGGCGGGCGGAGGUGGAGCGGCAGCAGCGCCGCGACGCCCUCUCCCGCGCACGGCCGGAGGCGGCGCAGGAGCCGCCGCCGCGGCGGGCUGCCGACAACAAGGUGAGGUUGCGCACCACGCUCGCCACGAUGUCGGCUGCGUGGGUGCUAGCCGUGUACGUGGAGGCAGGCGUGCUGCAGAGAGGGCUCAUGACGCGAAGCGAAGAGUCUGCGCACGCUUCUGUGGCAAUGCUGGUCCUCGGGGGAAUCCUCUCCGUCGUCUACCAGCUGAUGUUCCUCCUCUCCUGCCGACCGCUCGACGCGGUCGGCGUACGCGUGGUCGGGCUCCUGCUGGCGACCAAUUUCACCUUCAACGCGAUCGCCCCUCUGCCGCUCGUCCUGGAGGAGCGUCGGCUGUGGCUGGAGGGCGAGGGCUGCGCGGGGCUGCGCUUCGCCUAUGCCUCUUGUCGAGUGGCCUGGCUACUCCUGUUUACCGCCCUCACCUUGUUCGCGGUGAUGGCUCCCUCGCCGCGCCGCGCCCUCCAAAGGCUCUGGUUGAUGCAGCGCGUGGCCUUCCCAACUCAGCUCUUGCUUCCGACCAACCACGCCUUCCUCUGGGGCGGGUGGGGUGAGUGCGCCCUAUUGAGCGAUGGGGCUCCCAACGCGUGGUAUCUGUCCUCCCCGGGGGCCCUCGCGUGGUCGGUGACUGGCACGCUGCUCUGCUCUCUGCUGCUCACCGAGCGCAACCGCGGGCGCAUCAUGCAUGCCAUAUCACGAGUCGGGCUCGUUGAGGAGUCGCGGAGGCUCGCUGCCGUGGGCACGCUGCUUGGGGCAUCGCCUUGCCAUCCCGUGGACAGCCGAGUGGACGCCGCGGUGGAGAUGUUCACCGCUGUCCCGUUUUCCGCGCUGAAACGGGACACGUUUUGCUCAUCGACGUCGGGGCAGGAGCAGCAGCUGCCAGCCGUGCGGCGCGUGAAGCUGGGCGAGGUGGAUGCAUUCGUGAGUCACAGCUGGGGAGACGACGGCGACGAGAAGUACCUCGCCCUCAGGGCGUGGGCGAGCCAAUUCGGAAAGGAACGCGGGAGAGAGCCAAUGCUGUGGGUCGACAAGUGCUGCAUCAACCAAGAGGACAUCCAGAGGUCCUUGCGGGGCCUGCCCGUCUACAUCUCGGGCUGCAACCAGCUGCUCGUCUUGGCGGGACCCGACUACUGCUCCCGGCUCUGGUGUGCCCUGGAACUCUUUUGCUUCUUUUCCCUGGGUGGGCGUACGGGCGACAUCACGGUCCUCAAGCCCGGGGCCUCGCCAAGAGCGAGACAUGCACGCCUUGACUUCAAGCUCUCCGAAGCGAAAUGUACGCUUGCCACAGACCGAGACCGCAUCCUGUCCACGAUUGAAGCAGCCUUCGGCUUCAAAGAGGCGUUCGAUAGGGUGGUGCGCGAGCUGAUGGCGACGUGCAUGGCGACGUCUAUAGAGCGAUCGCAGGCAUGUGACGUGUGA